AUCAUCGUACCCCCCCUGUACCGGAUCCUACGCCCUGCGAGCCAACCAUACUUCCGGAGGACUCGGGAGGAGCGGCUGGGAAAGUUCGAGGAGCUUGCGCCGCCUGGGAGCACGAAGCGGACGGAGAAGUGGGAGGAGACCAGGCAGGGUCUACACCGGAUCGCAACAUGGCUGGGGGCGGCCCCCGACUCCAGCGGCGAGGAGAAGCUGUUCUUCAUGGGCAGCAAGGUCGGAAUCACAUUUGCGGACAUCCGACUAGCGAGUUUCUUCAUAUGGUUCAAAACGUGUCUCGGGGAAGACAGCGAAGAGUGGAAGAAUAUGAUAGCCUGGGAUGGAGGGCGGUGGGCGAGGUUCACAGCGGCUUUCGAGGAAUUCGAGGUCGUC